UGUUGGCGAUGGCAUAUCUACGACGGAAAAGACACAGCCUGCCGCCAGGUCCUCCACAGCUACCAAUAUUGGGGAAUUACUUUGCAUUUUCGAAAGAUUCACGACUGUUUACGGUUUUUGCAGAAAUGGAAAAGAAAUAUGGAGACAUAUUCACAGUAAAUUUUGGUUUUGGACAUAACUCCAUUGUGGUGAGUUCAGUUGAUUUGGUGAAUGAGUUAUUGGUGGAAAAGUCAGAGGAAUUCGCCGGCAGGGACACAUCUCUUUGGUCGCUUUAUCUAAUGUCCGGUGGAUACAAGGAUGUUGCAUUUGCUGAUUAUGGCCCUGUAUGGACAGUGCAGAAAAAGAUGGCAGUGAAAGUCCUCAGGUCAUACGUCUUUAGCGGCAAAUUAGAUUGUUUGGCAAAGUCGGCAUUCGAGGAGGUUGCCCCUUUGUUGGCAAAGCAGUCUGAACCCGUAGAUGUCGAUUUCUACAUCAGUUUACUCAUUUACAAUAUCAUCUGUAGGUUUGCUUUUGGCAAGAGUUAUGAAAUCGACGAUCCAGAAUUCGUGUGGCUAAGAAAAAGUUCUCAGAAAAUAUGA